AUUGCGCAGAUUUAACGAUCGCGCACAGAAGAUUAUGGCAAAUGGAUGGAUGGAGGAGGGAUGAUGCAGUUCAGUUCAAUUCAGUCCUGCGAAAAAUGCCGAAAAUCUCAAUCUGACGACAUGAAUCUCAACUGCUGAAUUCUGUGUAAAGCUUCAAUGGUAUCUGGCUGGUGUAUUGAACUUACGGGAUUUUGUUCCCCUGGAGGGCAAAGGUCAUCACCAUGACGAGGCUCCUGAGUGACAUGACUGGUAGUUGGCUCAGCCAAUCACAACCUUUCAGCAGCACCCUCUCCUGGGCAUGGAAGUCACAACCCCUGGCCACAUCGCCUCCGCCCACCCCUACAUCUCCCUCCUUUGGCACGGCCAGCUUCCCAGCAGACUCCUGCCUGGCCGACUGCCUGGGCUGUAGAUCCCCCUUGGCCCAGUUAGCCUGCAUGGAAACACGGAUCUGCACCCGCUUGUCGACCCUGUUAGUCCUGCUCAUCUGUGGGGCUUUCCUAGUCUGGGCGUUCCAGGAACAGAUCGAGGGACUCUUACCCUGGCUGCUAGGGACCAACCCAUACCUAGGAGCCGCCGUCUUCUUUGUGCUCUUCGUCUUGGUGGCGCUUCCGUCUUCCAUCCCCGGUUACCUCCUAUUGAACAUCGCCGCUGGGUACCGGUUUGGGCUGGUUCUGGGGACCCUAGUGGUUGUAACCUCUGCUCUGGGAGGCGCCUACUGUGCGUUUGUUUUCUGCCGGCUUGCUUGCACGGCUUUCCUUCUGUCUAAGCUACAGAAUGACUACUUGCAGGCGAUUGUUCACAUGGUGGAAGGGGAACACUCAUUUAAAGUGAUAGCACUGACGAGGCUGACUCCAAUCCCGUUUGGACUUCAAAAUGGCGUAUUCAGUAUGGCCAAUGUGUCUGUGUCAACAUUUGUCUCAGCAACAGCUGUUGGUUUAUUCCCCAACCAGCUGCUGAAUUCAUACCUAGGCUCCACGUUACGCUCCGUCCAGGAUCUGACCAAUCAUAAAUGGAAUAGCAGUCCCAUCGUUAUUGUGCAGGUAUGUCUGAGUAUAUCGCUCUCAUGUUACGUAAUUUUCAAAGCUCAGAGGCAUCUCCACAGGGUGAUUCGUGACCAUAAAGUCCACCAAAUGGAAGAGGACCAUGUCACGCUACAUGCAACACCGCAGGCCCUUCCAGGACAUCCCAGCAACACUGGCGGGUCAGAGGGUAAAGGUCACGACCUCAGCAACGGAGGUGUGCAAUUGGUUUGCAUUGAGGAUGAAACUUUAAGUACGACAACAGGGCCAGUAUGUGACAACAAUCAGAAUUCAAACCAGCAGUGGGUCACCUGAUGCAAUGCAUACCAGAGGUUAGUUUCUCGAGUUGGGUUACUACAUCUAAUCUCCCGUAGUUAAUGGUCUUAAGUUUGGUUUGGCUUGGGAGAAGUCAUUUUUACAAAGCAGCAUCAACAUGUUGCAUUGCUUUGUUGAAAUAAGCUAUUCUAUUUACCACAGACAACAGACCGCAGUCCGUGCUCUUUGAGCCUGGUACACACGAGAUCUACCUGCUUCACCAAAGUUCAUUCAUGGCUAAUGGCAUCAGCAGAUAGCUCCCGCGUACGGUUGAUUUUACAAAAAGAUUUUGUCAUUCUUGGUACUGGGGCGAAUAUCCAACGCGUUUGAUAAUUUCUGCCACGCGUGGAAAAUCUUAUUGUGUGCGAUGAACGAAAGCUUCGUGUAUACAGCUACCGCGUAGGACACAUGCAUGGUCGAAGGGCACAUUACGUAAUGACCAAAAUGGCUGCGAUUUCACCGGGCGCAGCCAUUUUGUUGGUUUUUUUACGGGUGCAGGGCUAUAAAUAGGCUCAAAAUUGCCUUUGCUGAUUUGUAUGCCCUCAGUUUUGUCUGUUUAAGCCCGGUUCAUACUCAGCACGAAAGCGAACGAGAAUUGUGACAUCAUGGCAAGUAUUCGCGCUAAUGGCUUAAGGUUUCAGGCCUACAUUUAGGGAUGAUCAUCUUUAGAUGAAAAUUUUUCCCAAAAGUCAUUGGAUUAUUCCCCAAAAAUGGAACAGAAAAUGAAAGAUAAUGAAAUAAGCUUGAAUUUAAAAACCUUGGAGAGUUGCAAGUGUUUUUUCUGAUCUUGAGAAGUUGUGGGUAUUUAUCACUGAGCUCUAUGGCAGUUUAUUUUCUGGUCUGCAACGUCAUGUGCCAGCCACCAUGCAUUCAUCCUACGCGCUAGCCUCAAGCAGGAAGCUUUCGUUUGGUGCACACAAUUAGACUUGUUCUACGCGUGGCAGAAAUUAUCAAACACGUUGGAUAUUUGCCGCAGCGUCACAAAUGACAAAAAUGUUUUAUAAAAUCAACCCCACACGGGAGCACUCUGUUUAAUACGGCAUUGGCCAUGAAUGAACUUUGGCCAGGUUUAAUAUGGUACAGUGUUGUAGUAUACUGCAACAUGGUUUGGUUUUUUGUUUUUUUGCGACCCAGUCACAAACCAAUUUUGUUACAAAACUUUGCAAACAGGUCUAAUUUGUUUUAUCAUCUUAUAAUAGCUUAUCAGAGUUGUUGGAAAGAAUGUUGCAACCUGACGCUACUUCAGCGGUUGUGUACAAAGUCUGUGGAGAGUCAAGACAAUUUUCUAAAUAUUUCCUAACAAAAUUGGAAAUGUUUCUCAGUCCCCGAUUCAUGUCUUAUCGUCAUUUUUGCAACUUCUGACCUCCAUUGAGAUGAUAUUUGAAGAAAAAGCAGCGUCAGGUUGCAACAUUCUUUCCGAGUUGUUUUACUUCAGGAUAAAUUAUAGUAACGAUUAUUUUUAUUAUUUAUUACGCAGGAUAGUAUUGGGUGUUUCCUUCGUUCAGUUUUGAAAUCAGGAAAUUACAAUGAUGAAAUGUGAUUUUUAACCCAAUAUACAGAGAAAUAAUUGUGAACCUUUUAUUGCAAUAUAAUGCCAAAUUGGUCAUAGCAAUUUUUAGAACCUUUUGUUUGUUGCUAGCAUUCCGUCAUUGAUGUGUGCCAAUAGAUCAUUUAAUAAAUAAACAUAUUUUCCAAAGUUUAAUAAAUGAAUUUUAUUCAGUAAAUUUAUAAUCAAAUAUUGAAUAGCAAAUGAAUGUUAUGUGCUUCCAGAGAUCUAGAUGGUAGUGACCAGAUAUUUUUUUAAGGGAAAGUAUAAGUGUGCUGAUUAGAAACAAAAAACUUGCUUUGAGGAUAUUUGAUUUUUAUUACAAGAUUGCUUUGCAUUCCUAUUUCAGUGGGAAAAAGAAAAGAACAUCAGGCUGAAAGAGUAAAUUUGUAUUUAAGGUGCAUGUAUCGGUCUCUAAAUGUAAAUAAUGAAGAAGAAAAAACUUAUAUUAUUGUAUUUUCAGGUGAAAUUAAGUCAGUAUUUGAUGCGGAUUUCAGACACGGUGUAAUAUAUUAAAAAUCAGAUUUUAUUCAAGGUAAUCUCCACAUUUCAAUGAAAUAUACAGAUUUCAAUUUUGCAAAUGUUUACUGUCAGCUGAGGUGAUAUACAUGUAAAUGAUAUAUUUUAACAGAAUUUUUAUUAGCGAUAUUUUGUAUUAUUUAUUUCUGGUAAUGAAACCAAGGAUUCCUCAAAGCACCCUAUGCACUAUAGCUCGCAAACCUGAAUAAAUUCCUAAUCAUGUUCGUAUCUGCACAAAGAGGAGACAAUUAAGAAAUUUUACUUUUAGAGAUGGGAACUGAGGAAAACCCCAGAAGAAUAUUCUGGGAAAAACCCAGGAAAUGUUGUAUAGACUGCAAACCAAUCCACAUGUGGACCAAGGCAGGAAUCGAACCCAGGCCAUUAAGGUGAAGGCGAGGAAAGAAUGUAUACAUUCAUAAUACAUUACCCACUACAUACCAUUAAGGACGCAUAAUUGCCAGUUAAACAGUUCAUUUACAAUGUUAAAUGCAGUCGGGUAUAUGCUGAUACUUCUCCUGAUGGGCAUUUAAUGUUAUUUGGUAUAAAUUUUACCUCCCAAACUUCAUUGUAAGUUUUAACCUCAGGAUUUUAUUUAGGUGUACAUGUAUAGACCAUUACAGACAAAAGAAAUUCUCUUGAAACAAGUUGCUUAUAUAAAUUGUGAAAUUUGUUUUGAUUUUGUUUUGUGAAAUAAUAAAUUUCAUUGGAAAAGUUACUGA